GUCAAUUUAAAAAGGAGGAAUUUGCAAAUUCUGUCGGACAUGGAGGAGCAAAGCAGUGAAGCCUUAAAACUCCAGGAAUACUGGAAGCAGAGCUUGGUAGAGUACACCUCUGAUAGCUCGAAACUUCACGAAUAUCUGAAGCAAAACUUGGUAGAUUUUCCAACAGGAGACGAGGAACUGAAAAUGUUUAAAUUCAGAGCUGGAACCUCAAAUCCAACCUUUCUGCUUCGGAAAAAUGGAAAAGAAUUUGUGUUACGGCACAAAUCUCCAGUGGAGGUGCAUGUGGGUUAUCAUAAGGUUGAUGUGGAGUACAAGAUCAUGUCCGCCCUCGGAAAGACUUCCUUUCCAGUACCUAAAAUGUAUCUCUUCUGUGAGGACAAGACAAUCAUGGGCCAAGAAUUUUAUCUCAUGGAGUAUAUCAAGGGUCGUCAGUUCCCUGAUGCAAAUUUACCUGGUGUUCCUCCGGACCAGAGAAAGGUAAUCUUUGAAGCUGCAAUUAGAACACUGGCGCAACUUCAAUCGGUUGACACAGAUAAGCUUGACCUAGAUGGCAUCGGUGACAAAGAGAACUUCUUUCAUCAGAGGCUGGAUAUGUUGUAUGAAGGUUACAAACAAUCAGAAAUAAAGGAAAUUCCGAAAGCACAUCAAUUAAUGAAAUGGCUGACAGAAAACAUUCCUAAGGACGACAAGAAACCUGUUAUUCACCACACCGAAUUCAGGAUUUCAAAUAUGCUGUUUCACUCAGAACAGUGUCAGAUCUUGGCCGUGAUAGACUGGGAAGCAGCAUCCUGGGGCCAUCCAUUUGAGGACCUUGCGUACUUCUGUUUUCCUCACCACUUCCCGCCGCAAUUAGAUAUUUUCCCUGCUUUUAAAAUCGGUUAUCGCUCAGAAGGGAUCCCUAGUGAAGAGGCCAUGCUUUCUUUAUACUGUGAGCUGACCGGAGACACCCUUCCUCUCCCAAAUUGGUCAUUCUUUCUGGUGCUGGUAUUUUUCCGGGUGAUCACAAAUAUUCAGAACGGGAUUGCUCAGCUAAGAUCCGGUGCUCACGAAUUUCCACUCUCUAUUGAUGAUUUGGUUACGAUGUUGGAGCCCGUUGUAGGACACGCGUGUACAAUUGCAGGACUCAAGUAAUAUUAUAUUUGGUCAUCUGCGCUUAGAUCCUGCACGUUAGAUAACACUGGUGUAUCCCACUGAACAACUCUUAACAUCUAUAAAAUGUAAACUUCUUUUCAUUAAUAAAUAGAAUAAUUUUUCUUGUAAUCAAUUUGGCUUAACAGCAGGAGUGACUUUCAACUACAGAAUUUGUAAACAGCCUUCCAGUUUCCGGGUGAGAUGGUAGCUCUAUCGAAUGGUUCAGUUGCCACCUUUCUACCAACCCUGAACAGUUAAAAAAGAUCGAUGAUCAUGAAUAUGUCGAACCUCACUUUACAGAAAACCGUUUGCAUGCCAUACGGACCCCUCGUCAUGAUGGACGGUAGUUUUUGCUCAAUGUUUUCUUAUAUAAUCUCGCUUAAUAUCUCCCUACCAAGAGAACCG